AUGGGCAAGAAAAAGAGAGGACACCCCGACGUCGAGGAGCUCCUUGCUCGUCCAUGGUGCUACUACUGCGAGCGUGACUUUGAGGAUCUCAAGCUCCUGAUUUCCCACCAGAAAGCCAAGCACUUCAAGUGCGACCGAUGCGGCAAGCGACUGAACACGGCCGGCGGUCUCUCCGUCCACAUGAACCAAGUGCACAAGGAAUCGCUCGAUAAGGUCGAGAACGCGCUGCCCAACCGACAAGGGCUCGACAUUGAGAUCUUCGGCAUGGAGGGUGUCCCCGACGACAUUGUCCAGCAGCACAACCAGCGCAUCAUCACAAACUUCUACACAGCACAGGCCGAGCGCCAUGCCGCUACAGGCAACCCGCCGCCGGGACAGGCUGGUGGUCAGGGACCCGCCAAGAAGAUCAAGGUCGAGACUCCCGAAGAGUUGAAGAAGAGGUUGGCCGAGCACAGGGCAAAGGUCGCGGCGAUAAAGGCGAAUGGCGGCGUGGUACCGGUCCCUGUUGUUGUGCCGAAAGCUCAGCCUGCUUCUGUGUCGCCGGUUGCUGGUCAGAGUCCGGCGCAAGGCGCAUCUCCUUUCCCUCCCCCGCAACCAGGAUUUCCGUACCCCCCACCCGUCGGCGUCCCCGGUGCCUUCCCACCUCCAGUACAACCAGGUGUUGUUGGCGCCUACCCUCCCGUCUACCCCCCUCCCGGCGCAACACCCACACCCCCCGGUGCGCCGGGCGGCCCGGGCUUCAACCUCCCUGCCAGACCGACGGGCGGCGCUCUGCCGCAGAGAUCCCCUUACUACAACAACUACAACGGUGGCGCAGUGCCGCCACCAGGUGGUGGAUACCCUGGCGCCUCGACUGUCGAUGAGCUGGUGUCGGGCGCGGCGAGGCAAGGGGAUGAAAUCGAUCAGCUUAUCCGUGCCGCGGAGCAGGGAAGCAAGCCGCCUGCCAGGGCGGGAGAGGACGCUGCUGGUGGGGAGAAGAAGGGUAAGAGCAAGGACAAGAAUAUGCGGAUGGUGUAUGGGGAUAGCGAAGUCAGUCCGGAGGAAAAGAUGGCGCUGCUGCCGAGGUAUGCGGUUUCUGCGGCGUAG